CGCCGCCUCCUCCCCGUCCCCUCCCUCCCGCCCUCGCCCUCCGCGCACUCGCUCCCCGGCAGCGCUGAGGUGCGGGGCCGCGGGAGCCGCCGCCGAUCCUCGCUGCCAUGGCCGCGGUGACGAGGGGCACGGCGACGCGCCGCAGCCGGCUGAAGCGCUCCGACGGCAGCACCACGUCCACCAGCUUCAUCCUGCGGCAGGGCUCAGCAGAUUCGUACACAAGCAGACCCUCAGACUCUGAUGUGUCUUUGGAAGAAGAUAGGGAAGCAAUCCGCCAGGAAAGAGAACAGCAAGCAGCUAUACAACUUGAAAGGGCCAAGUCCAAGCCAGUAGCAUUUGCUGUUAAGACUAACGUGAGUUACUGCGGUGCUCUGGACGAAGAUGUUCCUGUCCCAAGCACUGCCAUCUCUUUUGAUGCCAAGGACUUCCUACACAUUAAAGAGAAAUACAAUAACGACUGGUGGAUAGGAAGGCUGGUUAAGGAGGGCUGUGAGAUUGGCUUUAUUCCAAGCCCGCUUAGACUGGAGAAUAUCCGCAUUCAGCAGGAGCAGAAGAGAGGACGUUUCCAUGGAGGGAAAUCAAGUGGAAAUUCUUCUUCAAGUCUUGGAGAAAUGGUUUCUGGCACAUUUCGAGCCACGCCCACUUCCACGGCAAAACAGAAGCAGAAAGUGACAGAACACGUUCCCCCGUAUGACGUAGUCCCAUCAAUGCGGCCUGUCGUCUUAGUGGGUCCGUCACUGAAAGGUUACGAGGUGACUGACAUGAUGCAGAAAGCUCUCUUUGACUUCCUGAAGCACAGGUUUGAUGGGAGGAUAUCAAUAACCAGAGUGACGGCUGACAUUUCUCUUGCUAAGAGGUCUGUUCUAAAUAAUCCAAGCAAGAGGGCAAUAAUUGAGCGGUCAAACACGAGAUCCAGUUUAGCUGAAGUACAGAGUGAAAUUGAAAGGAUCUUUGAGCUGGCGAGGUCUUUACAGCUGGUUGUCCUAGAUGCAGACACUAUCAAUCACCCUGCACAACUUAUCAAGACAUCUUUAGCACCAAUUAUUGUCCAUGUUAAAGUGUCUUCUCCAAAGGUUUUGCAGCGACUGAUUAAAUCUAGAGGAAAGUCACAAAGUAAACACUUGAAUGUUCAGUUGGUGGCAGCUGAUAAACUUGCACAAUGCCCACCAGAAAUGUUUGAUGUAAUUUUGGAUGAAAAUCAGCUUGAAGAUGCUUGCGAACACUUGGCCGAAUAUCUCGAGGCAUACUGGCGUGCUACUCACACCACCAGUAGCACACCCAUGACUCCUCUCCUUGGGCGAAAUUUAGGAUCCACUGCACUUUCACCGUAUCCUGCUGCAAUCUCUGGACUACAGAGCCAGCGUAUGAGGCACAGCAGCCAUUCUGCAGAGAACUCUCCCAUUGAGCGACGAAGUCUAAUGACCUCAGAUGAAAAUUAUCACAAUGAAAGGGCUCGGAAGAGCAGGAACCGCUUGUCUUCCAGUUCCCAACACAGCCGAGAUCACUAUCCUCUAGUGGAAGAAGAGUACUCUGACUCAUACCAGGACACUUACAAACCCCAUAGGAACCGAGGAUCCCCUGGAGGAUAUAGCCAUGAUUCACGACAUAGGCUUUGAGUUCAAGAACCCGGGGAAAAGUAGUAUUCAUCAGCUGAUAACUUGCCAUAACGUAGCUAGGAAAAACAAUCAUCUUAAUUUGGCAGAUGUAAUGCGGUCGUACUGAGGUUACAAUCUGCUCUCAUACGAUGUUAAGUAGGGGACAAAAAAAGUUACCAUGCCCUUACGUUUAUGCCCGAUCACACAGGUUAUAUUUGGGUUUUGUUUUUUUUUAGUACAGCAUUUACAUUUAUAGCCAUACCUUUUCUUGUCAUUAGAUAUUAGGCACAUCGGUUUGUAAUUUAGGAUACUUAUCAAGGCACUUAUAAAAUAAUUUCCUGUGCUGGAAAUUCCAAAUGACCAGUUCCAGUUGGAACCAAUUUAUAAGCCAAUUCCUGUUGGAAUUCGGGUGAUUGACUGGAAAGUCGACUUGAGCAUGUUGCAAUCAAUUGAAAAAAAUAAACCUGAAAAAUCUGAAAAUCACAAAGCACUAGGAGCUGGAAAGUCAGCGACGGUAUUUGUUUGCUGGAAGCUCAAUUUACAUUUAGAGUUAGAAUAAAAGUAUUUUAUUCUAGAAUAAAAGUAUUUUAUUCUAACUACAGAAUGGCUUUUUCAGACAAACCAGACGUAAACUACUGAGAGUGCCAAAUACCACAGAUUAUUGCAGCAGUUACAAAAUACUUUCCAGUGUGAAAUUGUUUUUUGACCUGGCAUGAGUGUUGCAGCAAAAUGAUUUCUUUAGUUUAGCCAGUACUGGCGUUUGUGUGGCGGUCAGCAAGGAUGAACCAUGACAGCAUAAAGGGGAAUAGGAAAGUGAACAAACUUAGGAAUAGUUGGUAUGGUUAGAGGCUGACAAUAGGCUUUUUUUUUCCUCUCGCUUACCUGAACACAGCUAGUAGUCCCCAAAUGGAACAUCGGUGGAUAGAUAAGUAAUAUUUUUUCUCCCAUUUUUACUAUUCUGCCUUUUUAAAUGGAAAAUACACUUUUCUUACCCAGUAUGUAGACUACCCACAUUCCAGUACAUCUGACUACCUGUUCGUUACACCUUUCAAAAUCCAUCUUUGAAUGUCUGAAAAUUCCAGCACCGCACAAGCAUUCUCCAGAAGAACAUCAGUUUAAAUUUCAGUAGUGGAAUCUGAGGGAAGGGGGUGGGGUUAAACACUCGUAAGGUAUCAGAAGUUAAAAUAAGAUACUGGUCAGAAUUAGCUUGCAAUAAAAACGGAGUAUCAGAAAAACAAUCUGCUCACAGAAAGCUGCAGAGCUGACGUCUGUAAUUCAACGAACUAUGAUAAACCUUUGGAGAUACUGCUGCCUUACUUCUUAGUGAUCACUUCUUCUCACCUACUGAGUCUUCAUUUCUUUUUAAAUAGAUAAACUUACGUGAUUAGACCUCAUGUCUUACACUAUCAGUGAAGCCUUAGAUCCAAUACGAUUGAAAAGGUUACCAGAACUGACAGUUUUGUACAACACACUGAUGUCUUUAAGCAGAGACUCCUAAAGCUCCACACUGCAUGCAUUUUCUAAAAUUGACAGAACUACGCUGAACGGGCAUUUUUUAUGCAGGUUCAUGUCAAAACUAUUUUUGCAAAAAAUGAGGAUCAUUGACUUUUGUAUCCGCUUAUUUUCUUCCCCAGAGCGGGCUUUAAAAGCACGUAGCACUAACUGAACUUCCUGGAUACUACAGUUUAUUCUACUUUCUGGAGCAGUUAACAAAGGUCACUGCUAUUUUCCACCACCAUUGAGUCUGGUUAUCUUCUUGCCGUUAAUAACAAGACAAGUAAUUCAUCUCAUACCUGGUGUAGCCAAAAACGAUGUACAUCUCUAGCAGCAUUAAAAAAUCGUGGAUGCAUGAUUAGUUUUUUUAAACAAUUCUUCUGCCUAAAAGGCAUCCUUAAACAUGACUAGGUGAUUGAAAUGGGCCAGUUACCAAGAAAAAAAAUAGAAUUCCUGCAUCCAUUGGAGUAGUAGAGUUAAGAAUGGACAUGACAGACCUGAUCCCGUCUGACUUUCUCCAGCUGAAUGCCUGCGGAUUCCAAAAGCGCAUUUAGGUUGAGAAAGCACCACGAGAUCCGGUCUGGGAAUGGUAGCUUCAGCUGCCUUCUCGAAUAUUUUCUGCUAUAGCACAGUGGAGCAUUCUCCAGUAAUUUUUACAAAUCUUUAUUAACAUGUACAGCACACAUACCUGCAUGAGAAAGAAGGCAUUAGGCAAAACAUUUUUUUCUAUAAGCUUUAAUAAGUUUCUUGUUUGUGUGCAUUAAAGUAUUAAUUGCAAAGGAUGCACUGAGAUGUAUAAAGCUAGAUUAGACAGCUGUUUAUCUUUAUUCUGUAGUAGCAUUAGGGAUCAGAUCAUUUAAUUGCUUGAAGAUAUUUGCAUUCUACUGGCAGGUAGCUGCGGAGCACCUACAUAUAUUUUCUAGUAAACAAGGUUACUGCUUUAUCAUUUCCUAGACAAAAACGGCAUUUCUAGAGCCUCUUGGAGCCUUGUUUUUAAGUCUUCCAUGUCACGCUAGUAACAGGAAAGAUCUACACGACACAUAUGCAUAAAUUCCAUCACCUGCAGCAUCUGAAGUGCCAAAACUACCUUCUUCGUUCUAACGAAUCAAUCUUGUGAGGGAAGUCAUGUAUUGUCCUGAAGGAACCUAUCGAGUUCCUUUAUUAUGUGGGUUUAAGUUUUCUUUAUUGUAUGUAAUUAGUUUACCCUCUUCUCCGCCACGGUCCAUUCCAUUCUAACGUAAGAACUCAAGUAUAAAAGAUCCAGCAGAUCCCAUUGCUUGGUGUUUUUUUUAUUCUUUGAAGAUAGAUAUACCUUUAAGUACAAAUAUGCUGAACAUGCUAAUAGAUUAUUAAUUUAUCCUAGAUACGAGCUACUGGAACUCUUUCAUUUUUAAAAAUAAAUUAUUUUUAGGAAACACAGUAAUCAGUAACGGCUGCAAUGUUGAUCAGGACGUGUUAACUCAUAGUAUUUGUAUUAGACCUUCAGCAACGCUAGCCAGCUGUAUUGUGGUUUAUUAUGCAAUGGCGCUAUAUACAAUUGUGAAUUCAUGUAUUCCUCAACGAAUACGACUAAUUUUCCAGUCCUCAUACCAUUUCUCUUGCUAUUAAAAUAUUAUUACCGUAAAGAUCAGAGUUCUGUUCCUAAGCUCUGGCUUACACAGAAUUUUAGAAAUGUUUAUACAUUAUUUUGUUACCUGUUUUUUCGUUAGGACCCUUCUGGGUUAAUGAUAGCUUACCCAAUAAAAGUGGUGCGGCAGUAUUAAGGUGUGAAGGCAAUCAAUGCCAGUGCAUUCAUGUGCUUGUGAAUGGGUUAGCAAAGUAUUUUAAAAAACCUGAAGCCGUUUAAGGACCAUUCAUUGUUAAAUUCUCAGUUUAAAACAUUUCCUUUUUGGCAAGUUGUAUUUAACAGAUGUACAGGUUCGUAUGCUGGCUACGAGGCCGAGCAGUUAUCCUAAGGGACGUGCACCGCACACCGACGGUGUUUUCUCAGUGAGUAUAUUAUCAAAUUGCUGUUUAAAAGGGAAGGCAAUGAAAGCCGUUCUGUAGCAAAGUUCAUAAAUAGUAGGCCGAAUUGUAGGCCAAAUGUGAUCGUUUUCGAAACGUGUUGGGCUGGUAAAACUCAGCUGAGCACCGAUGGCGCAGCGUGGCCCUGCGCCUAGACUUUACUCUGGUAACUUACCGUGGAAAUCAGGCUGCGCCCCAGGCUCUGUGCUUGAGAAGCAGGAGGAGUGCCUGAAGCACGCCCCGUGUCUCGCUAGUCACAGCACUCUCGUUGUGGAGCCUGCUCCUGGCGCCGCGUGUUGCUGGCUGGCUCUGAGCGACCCAGGCACGGGAGCGGCCGUGGGGCGGAGGGCGCUCGGUGGCUGCGGCAGGGCGUUCCCGGUGGUUUCUGCAGGUAGAAGAACAUUUUACGGGGGUUUUCUCCAGGUUUGGAAACUUCUUCCGAAGUUGGGGUUUAACCUGAUGUGGCCCUUGCUUUUAAAAUGUGGUUGACCACGGGCUUGUGGAGUGAAAAUUACAGAAAGGAGGACAGGUGGCUGUAGGAACAGAAACAUGAUGGUAGUUACUGGUGUGCACAGGCCCUUCAGCUGCGGUUCAGUCUGGCUGCAAGUCUUCUGAAUUCACUUUGCUCUCAAUGCUCUAGACUCCUCUGAAAUCUCCCCAGAUCUCUUACCACUAGCACUCUACCAUUCUCAAUAUAAUAUUGCUAAUACUAUUACCCUAUGGCAUACUAAUUUGAGUAAAUUAGGGCUUCCAUCAGUCACGUUUGCUUUAGGAGUAUAUUAAACGUGUCCUCUGAUACAUUUUGUUUUCCAAGCUCAGUGCUUUUAAGCCUGUCCUUGAUUCCAUGGUCUCACGUUUUUAAAGGAAAAAAUAAUUAAGAGACCAUGAAGGAAAAAAAUCAGAUGCAGUUGUGUAAAAUACCAUUUAUACAAACCAAAUCUGUUUUUUUCUCCAGAAGUCAUUACUUUAACAUUAGGUCCUACACCCCAGCUGGUUAAAGCAGGUUAGGUACCUGGCGUUCUGCUGUCGUGUCUUUCGUUGCAGUCACCUCCCAUUCCUUCAAUCCUCACUUCUCCAAAGAGUAACCAGACUGCAAGGUACUGUAACAUAGCCAACUUUACCUUUGGGGAAAUUGUUAUCGCUGUCUUUAAAAUGAGGCCAAAAGAGAGUUCGUUAUUUGGAGAGCAGUUAGUGAAUAACCUUGGUUAGAUUGUUAUUCGAGUGCAAUUUAUUUUAUAUAGAAAAAUAAAGGGACGUUUUAAUAAUGUUGUGAAAGGAAUUAGCUUGGAAGAGAGCUGAGGAUUCUACUUAGUUUCAAAACAGAAUCCAUUUAAGAAGUCCAGAGAAGCAGUCUGCUCGAAUCCACACACAAAACUGGGGAGGAGGCAGAAAUUAUUCUGAGGCAGUCAUAAGAGCGUGUCAUGCCUUUUGUGAUUCCCCGCUAAUUUCUCGGGACGUGGUGAGGCGGGGAGCAGCACUGGCUCGGUCUCAGUGAUGUUUCUAGUCUUGCCUUUUCCCCUCAGACUUCUUGGCAGUGAGGGACCGUCAGGACUGGGUCCUGCAGACACCUGCUGCUGACAUCGCGUCCCUCACUGCCCAGUCCGAGAGUCGGUAUUUGCCCGUCCGACCGUAAAUGUCACACGCGGCAGAUCACAUGCCUUACAAACAUUUCCUGAGAAACAAAACAGAGUAAACUUGACGCCAGAGUCCCCCUUGGUAUUACUUCUACUCUGUAUAAGCAGUAGAAAAUGAAUAUAGUGAGGAAAUGUAUUGUACAGAACAGUAUAUUUUGCCAACGAUGUAAGAACAGAGCAAGGGAAAAGAAGCACAUUUGUAAUAGCACAAACUUACAAUUAGGCCACUAUUGCAUUUGGCAUUGUAUUUUUGAAAAAAUAGGUAGAUGUUUUGAUCCAGCAUCAAUGGAGUUAUUGCAUUUUCAGUUGGUUUAACUCGUUGCCUGAUACUUCAGCAGUUCAUUUCUAAGGCCUUGCAUUUUGCAUACGUGACUUGAUUUUUCAAUAACUUCUAUUCCCUCCAUAGUAAUUAACGAAGAAAGAACCUUUUAAAAUUACAAAGUCCACUGCCUUCAUUUCUGCCGAUUUCCUCCUCCAAACUGAAAUUCCAUGCGCACGAGCAAACUUCUAAUCACGGCCAACCUACAGGUGGUGGCAGGUGACUGCUGGCUGUACCAAGGUCCGGAACGAAGCGCUCCCGGUGCCCGACUCGGGGCCGUAACGCUGCCGGCCGCCGUGUGCGGGGCUGCGAGGUGCAGGAGAGAAGAAGGGCCCACCCGCAGCGCUGGGACACUGCUGAGAGUUUAAAACCGAAAGGCAAGGAAGCUUAAGAAACGCGUGCUCGGGCCCAAGGUCUGUUGACGUUGGCAGCAGGCCUGGCUCUCCUCCCAUGCAGGCAAAGUCAGUGAGGUUGCACGGGAGCAGCACGGGGAGAGAAUCGGGCGGUGCGAUCGUGUGCAUGCGUGAGGAAUAGAGGGCCACAGAAAGAAGAGGGAAACAACCAUCGGAACUUCAAUCCGUGGACCUUGGGCUUCUCAGCUCCCAGCAGGUCUGUUUGUCACUGCGCCUGGAUCCCAGCGAUGGCUUGGCCGAGCUGCCCCAGCCUCGCCGGGAGCCAGGUCAGAGUCACCGUGGUAAAGACAUCACCGGAAAAGAUCCCCACAAAUGUACGUUUUCUGCUGAUUGGCCCCUUUCUGUUUUUACCUCUAUAGAUACUGUAUGUGUAGCAUUCGACAAGGCAUGCCGGGUAAAAUAUACUAUGCAAAUGUGUACAGUGGUGCAUGCUUUGCUCUCCCUCUGCUUUUAGUGGCUUUCAAAGAAAAAAAAAAAAAGAAAAGUGUUGUUAUUUUUGUGAUCAGAAUCAUUUAAAAAAGACAAUGCAGACUGCAUGCUGAUAGUAUCCUCAUUUCUAUGGAUUUGUUUUAUGGAAUUUAGAUGUACAAAACCGAACUGCAUUACAAUAACUUUUCUACAAUAAAUCAAAAACUACAAACAA